AUGGCUCACUUAAUAACCCGCAUAUCUGCCCGUGAAAUUUUGGACUCCCGAGGAAACCCAACUGUAGAAGUGGACCUAGAAACGAACAUGGGAAUAUUUCGAGCUGCAGUACCAUCAGGAGCAUCUACAGGAAUUUACGAAGCGCUGGAGUUGAGAGACAAUGACAAGAGUAGGUACUUAGGAAAGGGUGUACAGAAAGCUAUUAAAAAUAUUAAUGAUAUUAUUGCACCGAAAAUAACAGGUUUAGAUUGUAGAGAGCAGAAAAAAAUUGACAACUUGAUGGUCGAAGAAUUAGAUGGAAGUAAAAAUGAAUGGGGAUGGUCUAAAAGUAAAUUAGGAGCAAAUGCAAUUUUAGCAGUGUCUAUGGCUGUAUGUAGAGCUGGUGCUGCUGCAAAUAAAGUAUCUUUAUAUAAAUAUUUAGCUCAGUUGUCAGGAAAGAAAAGUGAUCAAAUGGUUUUACCUGUUCCUUGUUUGAAUGUAAUAAAUGGAGGUUCACACGCAGGAAAUAAAUUAUCUUUUCAAGAAUUUAUGAUAGUUCCAGUUGGUGCACCAAAUUUUAAAGAGGCAUUAAGAUAUGGAGCAGAAGUAUAUCACACUCUCAAAUCAGAAAUUAAAAAAAAGUAUGGAAUUGAUGCAACUAAUGUAGGUGAUGAAGGAGGAUUUGCACCAAAUAUUUUAAAUGCAAAUGAAGCUCUUGACUUAUUAGUAAGUGCUAUUAAAAGUGCAGGUUAUGAAGGAAAGGUUAAAAUUGCUAUGGAUGUAGCUGCAUCUGAAUUUUACCAAGCCGAUACCAAAACAUAUGAUUUGGAUUUUAAAACACCAAAUAAUGAUAAGUCAUUAGUUAAAACAGGUGCUGAACUAGUAAAUUUGUAUAUUGAUAUGGUUAAGAAAUACCCCAUUAUUUCAAUUGAAGAUCCAUUUGAUCAAGACGAUUGGGAAAAUUAUGCCAAAUUAACGGAAGCUAUUGGAAAAGAUGUUCAAAUUGUUGGUGAUGAUUUACUAGUGACCAAUCCUACCAGAAUUACUAAAGCUCUUGAAAAAAAGGCUUGUAAUGCACUUUUGCUUAAGGUUAAUCAAAUUGGUUCUAUUACUGAAGCUAUUGAAGCCUGUUUAUUAUCGCAGAAAAAUAAUUGGGGUGUUAUGGUCUCACAUAGAUCUGGUGAAACAGAAGAUGUUUUUAUAGCAGAUCUUGUGGUUGCCCUUCGAACUGGUCAGAUUAAAACUGGUGCACCAUGUAGAAGUGAGAGGAACGCUAAAUACAAUCAGUUGUUAAGAAUUGAAGAAUCUCUUGGAAGCAAUGCUCUUUUCGCUGGUGAGAAGUUCAGGCACGAGUUGAACUGA